GGCAUGCAUUUGUAAAGCAAGCUUUUUCUUAACGUGGAUCAUUAUUGCCAUGUCUUCUUCACACCCAAGGAACAAGGCACGCAGAGGAAGCUAUGAUGGGAUUUUACACAACAAAAACACACUCCAUAAGUCUUUGGCUCAGAGGAGAUGUUCAGCACCUUCGCUUGUGUUUCCAAAAUCUCUUAGCAAACCAUGGUCUACGGGAAGGGAGAACACUGGAUGUUUCAUAUCCAUUGAGCAAUGUCCCUUUGUCUUGGGUUUAUCCAGUGAAGAUUCAGAGCUGAUUUUGCAUGAAUGUGUCCAGCUGACUCAGGAUUUGAAGACAAAGGAGAGAUACCUCUUCCUCUUCAGUGAUAUGAUUAUAAUUGCCAAGCUGAAGUCCGGCACUAGUUUCAGGUUAAAGCAUCGAGUACACCUGUCUGAGAUGAUGGUAUUAUCAUGUGAUGAUGAAGAUGAUGAGGAACAUGCAUGUGCUUUCCAUAGUUCUCCCAAGGAUGCUCUCAUCUUUAUCUGGCCUUGUAAUGGCUGUGUUGCGUCUUUCCGUUCCAGUGAAGUGAAGGAACUCUGGCUGGAUACGCUUGUGUGGCAGAUACGAGAAGUUGGUGGGAUUGAGGGCACCACUGUACCCUUUACACGAUUACUAAUGAAGGUUCUCACAGGCUGCAAUGCUUCUAAAGCUCUGGUUGCCAACAACAUGGAGAGCCUAAUCGAAUGCCAUACAGAGGCAGAUGCAAAGAAGUACCAGCUGCUGGCAGACAUGAUACAUAAGGAGAGCAUCUGUCAUGUGAUUGAGAGCAAUAAGAAGAGAAAAGCUGUCAUCUCCUGGCCCUUUACUUUGAGACGAAGUUCACCAAUAUCGGAACCUUCAAGUCCUUUAUUUAAUCAACCACUUUCCAUUGUGUGUGAGGAGGACAACCUUCCUAAAGCAAUCUUCGACAUAUUAACUAUACUGCGUAUGCAGGGUCCGUUGAUUGAAGGGGUUUUUCGUAAAGCUGCCAAUGAAAAAUCUCGCAAGGAGUUAAAAGAAGACCUCAACUAUGGAAGAGGCUUGGACUUAGAAAGCAAGCCUGUGCAUUUGCUGGCAGUUGUGUUUAAGGAUUUCCUCCGUGGCAUUCCUCAUCAGCUGCUAUCAUCAGAACUUUAUAAUGAGUGGAUGCUUGCUUUGGAUCAGCCAACCUUAGAAGAAAAAAUUAAGCGGAUGCAAUGUGUUGCAGACAAACUGCCAAAACCAAACCACAUCUUAUUACAACAUCUGAUGUGCGUUCUCCAUCACAUUAGCAGUGCCUCAAAUGUUAACAAGAUGGAUUCCAGAAAUCUGGCUGUGUGCAUUGCCCCAAACAUGCUUGUACCACAGGUUGAUAAGGACCUUCCACUCGAAACUCAGAAAGAGAUUAAUGAAAAGGUUACAGUACUAGUUGAGUUCUUCAUAGAUAAUUGCUUGCAACUGUUUGGGGACCACAUAUUACAAUUACACUGUGUUUCUGAAGAGGAUUCCUUAGAAAAUAUUGAUACUACAGAACUUUCAUCUCAUCAGAAUGACUCUGCCUAUGACAGCACUGAUCCAGAUCACGACUGCCACGCCAGUACACUCACAAGACACCUCAAUGAGCAGCGGGGCCAAAACAGGGCUCUUCGUGAGAAGAGCGCAGAAGACCGAGUUUUAAAUCUUCUGGAUUCUACUUUAGAUCAGAUUAAAUGUGAGGCCAGCAUGGACAGAAGAUGUUCAGAGCCGUACAUUUUUCCCUCCCAGGAUGACAUAACAAUAGCAGGGAAGAAGCUGACAAGAAGCCAUGAUGAUGUUACAGUUAGGAAACAAACAUUUAGUGAUGUAGAACUGUCCACUCAUACUCCUGAGAAAUAUUGUGGUAGAGCUUUAUAUAGGAAAAAUAUGCCAAAAGAUUUAAGAAUUUUUACCAGCUAUACUUCAGAUACAGCAGACCACCUUUCAUCAACUGCAUCCUCCAACUGUUCUAUUGACAGCUCUUAUUCAGACUGCUCGGUCUUUACCAGCUCUCCAAUGGUAUCCCCUCUAAGUCCACACAAAAAUGACUUGGUGAGGCAUAAAUCAUUCUGUAUGAAAAAUAAAGAUUUAAGUGACACUAUCAAAGCUGGUACAGAAUUAAAAAAGCAUUCAAAUUCAUUCUGCUAUGUAAACAACAAAAAAGUGAUAACCAAGACACAGAGCUGGGGUCCUGAUGUUAACAGAGGAGACAUUCCACAAAACGAGUUAAUCAGGAGUGGCCAUAAAAAAAGUGAGCGAGAGUUAGAAGGUACACGGGACACAGCUUUCCAACAGCCACAAGUGGUAAGGCUAAGACCACAAUCCGCACGAAGAAUAUCUGUUGAUGAGGUUUUCCGAAUGGUAGACCAAAGAAACCCUGGCAAACCUCCAUCCUAUGAAGAGGCCAUCAAUAAAAAUGCAUCUUCUUACAAAAGCAUGACCCCGAGAGCCAGUGUAUCAAACAGUACCUGUUCAACUACCCAGUUAGUAAAUGACUCUUCUGCACAGUCUUGUAGUGCUCAUCAUGAACCCAGCUCAUUGACUGACGACCAAAUGCCAAACCCCUGUGGGCUAACACAACCAAACUGCCAGUCUAAGAAAACAAAAUCAGACCUCGUCAGGACUAAGUCAGAGUCCUGCCACAGAAAUAGACAUGAAUGUUUAAGUCGGCGAUGCAGUCAACCUAUUUUUGAGAUCUAUGAUCAGAUACAGUAUGCUAAAGAGUCCUAUGUUUAAAAGGUCAUUGCAAUUGUAAUAGAUACAAAAAAUAAUUAUGUACAUAAAUCUUCCUUUUUCAAUCCACUUUGA